AACUCGAGGCCUCUGGGACGAGAUUCUCGUGCGAGUCGGCGGUACGCGGAGAAGGGUGAAAUGAAUUCCCUGGAGCAAGCGGAAGAUCUUAAGGCUUUUGAAAGGCGGCUGACAGAGUAUGUGUCCUGUUUGCAGCCUGCAACAGGUCGCUGGCGAAUGAUUCUUAUAGUGGUGUCUGUCUGCACAGCAACAGGAGCUUGGAACUGGUUGAUAGAUCCUGACACACAGAAGGUGUCCUUCUUCUCAUCUCUGUGGAAUCACCCAUUUUUCACAAUUAGCUGCAUUACUCUUAUAGGAUUGUUUUUUGCAGGAAUACAUAAACGUGUGGUUGCCCCAUCGAUAAUUGCUGCUCGUUGUAGGACAGUGUUAGCAGAAUACAACAUGUCCUGCGAUGAUACAGGGAAACUUAUCUUGAAGCCACGGCCACACAUACAGUAGACUGCUUAUUGCAAAAUGGGGAAAAAAGCUGUCCUUUGGAACAAGUUUAUCUCACUUUAUGAGAAGUGUAUAGAUCAAACACCUGCAAGAAACAUGGUGACUGUGAUGUGAUUGAAAAGGGAAGAAAUGCUGUUUGCAGUUCAAGGUGUUGGGAAAAUGCUUUCCAAACCACAUACAACAGUGUUUUUUGUGCUGCUGGAAAAGUCACCUUAUGUGUGCCAGAAUGUGCAGGCACCAUAUAAAAUAUUUUAUUUUUGUUGUAUUUGUAUUUUUGACAGUAGAUGUUUUUAAGCAAAUCUGAUGCCACAUUCCUAUUUUUAAAUUGUUUACUACAUUAAGGAGAAACAUGAAGGUAUUAAACUCAUUUCAUAUCAGUUUAUUGUAAAUGUUGAAUGUGGUCAAGCAGCUUCUUCCUUGGUUUCUUCCAAUUUUCUGUUGACUGUAAAUAUUGGAGUACAGCUGGCUAACAGCAUGUGCAUUAUACUUUUUAAAAAAAUAAAUUUAA